GUCGAGCUACGCCAUUGGUUACUGGUACACAACGUAAAAUAUCCAAUGAGCCGCCAUAUUAGGAAGUCAAACCCCUCUUACAUUGUGAGAAGAAGAAAACAGAGACUGUUUUCAAGGAUAGUUUUAGACAGUGGUGGCUGUUGAGCGCUUGGAUCGAGAUCAUUAAGUUUGCACAGUCCGCAUCUUGCUUUGGUUUGCGUACCGGUUUCGUACGGGUUAUUGGGACACUCUUGUGCAAUGGCGGCGGCUGCAACUCCAACCGGCCAGAGAAGCACGUGCGGCAGCGGCACUCCGCUCAGCCCGUCCAGGAUCACCAGACUGCAGGAGAAACAGCAGCUCCGUGACCUCAACGACCGCCUGGCCGUCUACAUUGACAAAGUCCGCAGUUUGGAGUCAGAAAACGACGUCCUCCACCUGCAAAUCAGCGAGAAGGAGGAGCUGCGGAGCAGGGAGCUGAGUGGACUCAAAGCCCUGUAUGAGACCGAGCUAGCGGACGCCAGACGGUGUUUGGAUGAGUCCUCCAAGGAGCGGGCCUGGCUGCAGAUCGAGCUUGGAAAGAUCAAAUCCGAGCAUGAGCAGCUCUUACAGAACUACAACAAGAGGGACUCUGAGGCAACAGGAACCCAGGCCAGGCUGCAAGAUUUGGAGGCCCAGCUGAACUCUAAAGAGGCCAUGCUGGCCACAGCGCUGUCUGAGAAUAGAGGCCUGGAGGCCACACUGGCUGAGCUGCGAGAACAGCUGCAGGAGCUGGAUACAGGUCUCGCCCAGACCAAGAAGCAGCUUGCAGAUGAGAUGCUCCUGCGCAUUGACUUGGAAAACCGAUGCCAGAGUCUGACAGAGGAAAUGAUCUUCCGUAAAAGCAUGCAAGAGGAGGAAGUGAAGGAGGCCCGGCAGCGGUACGAGACCCGACUGGUGGAGGUGGACUCUGGGCGGAAGGAGGAGUAUGAAUAUAAACUGACUCAGGCCCUGGCUGACAUGAGGGCUCAGAAUGAAGAGCAGAUCAAGAUCUACAAGGACAACAUGGAGAGCACCUACAGCGCCAAACUGGAGGACCUGCGUCGGAUGUCUGAGAUGAACGGAGCAUCAGCCAACAUGGCCCGAGAGGAGCUCAGAGAGUCCACCUCGAGGAUCGAGAGCCUCACCACCCAGCUGGCAACAAUGCAGAAGGAGACUCGUGGCUGGCGUAAUCGUAUAGUGGAGCUGGAGACGGAGUUGGCUCAGGAGAAAGACAGAAGCCGUAAGCUGCUGGCAGACAAAGACUUGGAGGUGGCUGAGAUCCAGGCCAAGAUGCAGCAACAGCUGGACGAGUAUGAACAGCUGCUGGAUGUGAAACUGGCUCUGGACAUGGAGAUCAACGCCUACCGCAAACUUUUAGAGGGAGAAGAAGAAAGACUAAAGCUGUCUCCCAGUCCUUCAAGUCGUGUCACGGUGUCUCGAGCCUCGUCCAGCAGCCGCAGCGUGCGCACCACUCAGGGAAAGAGAAAACGUGUUGAUGUGGAGGAACAGGAAGCUAGCAGUUCGGUGUCCAUCGCUCACUCUGCCUCAGCCACGGGACAUAUCAGCAUUGAUGAGAUCGACACAGACGGCAAGUUCAUCUCCCUCCACAACAAUGGGGAUGAGGACCAGGCGAUGGUUGGCUAUGAGAUGAUAAAGACAGAUGGAAAUGAUACAGCCACUUACAAGUUCACACCAAAAUACAUCCUCAAGGUUGGCCAGAAAGUCACGGUUUGGGCAUCUGAUGCUGGUGUGAGCUCCAAACCUCCCACAGACCUUGUGUGGAAGAACCAGACAUCCUGGGGCUCAGGAGAGGAUGUCCAUGUGGUGCUGAUCAACCCUCAGGGAGAGGAGGUGGCAAAGAGAACCACAACAUACAAGACAGCAGUAGAAGAGCAGGGUGAUGAAGAUGAUAAUGGGGUGGAGGCCACUGAGGAAGAUCUCUUCCACCAACAGGGGCACCCUGUCGCUGCAAAGAGAGGCUGCUCCAUCAUGUGAUGCCAUGACACCAGCCAGCCUCCUGCUCCUCUGAGCCCAGCCACUCUGCUGCCAACUGUAAUACUAGAACUAUUUUUCUAUCUUUUGUAGUGUAUUUCCCUAAAAAUGGUUUUAUUUCUCAUAAAAAUGCAAAAGUACUUUGGGUAGAUGUAUUUUCACCUGGAAAAGCAAAA